UGCAAUCAAUCAGUCAAUGUUAUCUUUACAGGAGUCAUAGAUCUGUUUGGUGCUGCAGGCGGAUUAGUGGAAUUUAAGGCUUCACUUUUGGCAUCUCAUGGAUUCGCUACUCUUGCUUUGGCCUACUUGGGCUAUGAAGAUCAACCAUUGGUUCCAUCUUCAAUAAACCUGGAUUAUUUUGAAGAAGCUGCUAACUGGCUUACAAGUCACCCUAAAGUGCUUCCACAUGGUAUCGGCAUGCACGCUAUAUCCUAUGGCUCAUGGAUUGCACUGUUGAUGGCAAGUUAUCAGAUCGCAUCAAUAAAGGCCAUUGUAGCUAUUUCACCUCUGGUGAUCGCCUACCUUCUCCCUUUCCAAUUAAAAGGGAGAGUCUCAGACAUAAUACCCAUGAAUGAGAGCCGAGUGUUGUCUUCAGAAAAGGGCAGCAUCUGGCGUUUUGCCCAGCCAACUGACAUUGAUUACAUGAAUCCAAGCACAGCCUCCAAAUACUCAGCUAUUACACCAGUUGAGAACAUCAAUUGCCCUGUCAUGCUGGUUUCUGGAACUGAUGACUUGAACGUCCCCACCGAUUUUACAGUAAAAUUCAUUAUUGAUCGCUUGAAGGAGAAUGGAAAAGAACAUUUGUGCACUAACUUGAGUUAUACCCAAGCGGGACAUCUCAUCGAGCCACCCUACUCUCCUCUUUGUGAUUUUUCUUUCAGCAAAUCUACUAAAGAAGGGCAUGGUUACCCGUACCUAGCUUGGGGAGGGGAGGCUGUUGCACAUGCCCGGGCACAAGAAGACUGCUGGCCAAAGAUCUUACAUUUUCUGCGGAAACAUCUCCAACAAGACACAAAGAGUGAGGAAUAA